AUGUCCUCCUCAGGCACCACCAGAGAAUACCGCGGCCCUUCCAAGAAGCGCCUCUACCUCGCCCACCCCGAGCCCGACACCUACCUCACCCGCCGACGCAUCACGCGCUUCAUCCCGCCCUCACCGCCUCCUCCUCCUCCUCCACCUCCUCCGCCCGCCAUCUGCGAGCCCCCGCCGCCUCCGCCGCCUCCGCCGCCGCCUCCGGUCCAGGAGCCGCUCCCGGACCCUAUUCCCCCAUGCGUCGUCGAGCCGGACCCCCCCAUCGAGGUCAUCGCCGUCGACGUCGACCCGCCCGAGCGCCGUCGCCGCCACAAGCACCGCCGCUCCCGCUCCCACAGCCACUCCCGCCGCGAGACCCGCGAGAAGGAAGUCUACAUUGAGCGCGACCGCUUCGUCCCCGUCCCCGUCCCCGUCUGCGAGCCGCAGCCCCGCUACGAGACGUAUCGCUACGUCGAGCCACCGCCCCGGCGCCCGGCUCUGCCGCCGCCGCCGCCACGCCGCAGGACGCCGUGCGAGGAGGAGCAGCAGCGCAUCACCAUAAAUAUCGACGACCGCCACCGGACUCGCGGGUACUACGACUGA